AGCCCUGACCUCUGUCAUUGUUGCCAUCUCAUUAGAAGCUCUUUUUUUGAGGAUGUGAAUUGUCACUGUGGUAUAGUGGGAAGCACCGUUGCCUCACAGCAGGGGGAUCUCCUGUUCCAGCCUGGGUUUGGAUGAGCACUUCCCUGCUCUUCCUCCUCUUCUCUUCCUAACUCUAAACAUAUAUAUAUAAAUAUUCUUCCUCCGGUUCGUCCUCCUCUCGCUCCUCCCCUGUCAGAGUUAACCUCUCCUCUCCAAGUUGCACGCCGUCGGCGCGCCGGCGCUCGGGCGUUGCCAUGGCGACCCUCCUUCCCCGCAUAAAAGAAAGUGAGGCUCGGUGGGAACAUCUGCCUCCGGCUGGAAAUGGGUCCGCUGGCGUGUGUGUUUGUUGGUUGAGUUCGAUCGGCUCCCACAGCAGCGGCAGGAACGACGGCGCCCAAUGCCUCUGAACUCCUCCGAUGACAACCGGACCUCCUCUGCCUUCAGCUCCAAGCUCAGCCCCGCCGCCGACAUCUGCGUGGGGCUGGCCAUCCUCUCUAUGGUUCUGCUCUCCAUCCUGGGCAAUGGGCUGGUGCUGGUCAUCUGCUACCACCGCCGGAAGAAGAUGGUGGACUCGGAGCUGCUGUGCGUCAACCUGGCCGUGGUGGACUUCCUGAGCUGCAUCUGCUUCUACCCGCUCUCCAUCCUGUCCUCCUUCCGCCACGCCUGGCUGGGGGAGAACGCCACCUGCGUCUACUACGGCCUGGGCUGCUUCAUCUUCGGCCUGUGCGGCAUGUUCACCAUCGCCGCCAUCAGCCUCAUCCGAUACGUGAAGACCUGCUACAGCCUGACCUACGCCGUGUGGAUGAAAGGCGCCAACAUCCGGGCGGUGUGCGGCUCCUUCUGGCUGGUGGCGACCGUCUGGUCCAGCUUCCCGCUGUUCGGCUGGGGCGAGUACGUUCCCGAGCCGUACGGCCUGUCCUGCACCGUGGCCUGGAGGGGCUACCACACCUCGGCCAAGGACGCCUUCUACGUCAUCUGCUCCUUCGCCUGCUUCACGCUGGUGCCCGUGCUGGUCAUCGUGGUGUCGCAGUGCCAGAUCCUCUACAAGGUGUCGCGCUUCUCCUACUCGCUGUCCGCCAGAGGCACCCGGCACAACCUGCGCCACGCCGAGCGCCAGCUCUCCAUGAUGUUCUUCUGCAUCAGCCUGGGCUUCGUGAUCGCCUGGGCGCCGUACACCGUCGUGUCCUUCCUCUUCAUUUUCCACAAGGGCCACUGGUACAUGGCGCCCGAGGGCUUCGUCUUCCCCGCCCUCUUCGCCAAGAGCUCCCACGUCUACAACCCCUUCAUCUACUUCUAUUUCAACAAGACCUUCCAGCGGGACCUGCGCGGCCUGCUGCUCUCCUCCUACAACAAGCUGCGGGGGAACCGGGUGGGCGUGCACGUGACGGCGGGCCACCCGGCGCCGUACCCCAUCCACAUCCAGCUGCAGGAGCAGGGCCAGAGGCGGCGGUUCGCUCUGUCCCAGGACAGGACUCACAGCCGCAGCAAGACCAGAGGCAGGGCGGUGCACGUGCCCGGCAGCGGCGGCCGCGUGCACGUGAGCAGCGGCCGCACCCACGGCCGGCAGGUGUACACCUGCUGGGGGUCGUCGUCCAAGAACGGGCCCAACAUGCUGGACGGGAAAUCCGCCAGGAACUCCAAGAACUCCAGGAACUCCAGGAACUCGCUGCCCGUCUCCAUCUGAACGCCAUCUGGCGCCUCCUCAGGACGAUGUGAACGACGCAGUCAGACGGAGCGACGAGACUCGAAACCGGCAGAAACUCUCUCUCUGUCUUAAUUUAACCUUUUUCUACACAACUUUUAUACAUAUAAAGAUACCAGGACAUGGCUAUAUUUUCAAAAGAUGGAGUUCCACUUCACGCUCCCAUUUGCUGCCUUGAAUCAUUUUAAAUGAUCCAUGUUAAAGGUGCAUUAAGGAGUUUUUCAACUUUAAAAAUACUUAUUUUCCACCUUAAAUAUGUUACAAAUAUUCAGUGAUGUGCACAAUCUGCC